GAAAAAUGGUGGCCAACUGGUCACGACCUCACUUCGCUACUUGGCGACGAAAUGAUGCGUUCUUGCUUCCGAAGUGGCUCAAGACGGAACUCGGGGCCCCUCGGCGCCGCGGGACGACGGCGUCUGUCGCACGGAAUGGCCGCACGGAGAGAGACUUCGGCGGCGACGGAGCAAAGGGGAAGCGCCUUGUUGUUUGAGACGGUGCGCAUGAUCCGCCAGUGGAUCGACUGCAGCUUCUGCGCCUCGGGCGAUGCGCGCAUUCGCCGAAAAGGCCUGAUGAAGGCGCGCUUCACGGUGGACCUCUCGGAGAGCAUGUGGCAGGAGCUGCAGCUCUUCAUCAAGGCAUCCUUCGCAUUGUCGCGUUUGGAGAUCAAGAGGUCCGAGAAGGAUGGCAAGUCCUGCGUGGAAGUGACGCUGUCAGCGGAAGCGCGGGAUGUCUAUUUGCAGAAGCAUCCAGAGCUGCGCGCCAAAGCAGCUGCCGCCGAUGGUGCCGCCGAUGGCUCGCCGACGGCUCGGGAGGAGGCGCUGGAGACGAUGCCUCCAGCUAAGCGCGUGAAGCUCUCGGAGGCGCCAGCGCCUUCCAACGUGGCGUCGCCGCAACGUGCAUGCGCAGUGACAGGGUCGCCCGUGGGUCGUGGCCCCGAGAAGGAACUGGCACCCAAGAUGGUCUCCGAGGGCAUGACUGGCCUGGAGGAGGCCCGAGACGCGCUGAAGCGCGCGCUCAAAGAGAAGAAAGGGCACAAGGAAGCGCUGGCCUGGUUGAAGGGCCUCCAGCACCGCCAAGUCACUGCCCGGGAGUUGCAACACACGCGCAUCGGCCUCGUGGUGAAUGAGUGGCGCAAGGAGAAGAAGACCUCGGUGUCAACCUUGGCCAGCCACCUGCUUUCUCUGUGGAAGAAGCUGUGGCUUGAAGCCCAGAAGGCGCCAAGCACCUGAGCAGCGUUUGACCCGGCUCUGCUGCAUUUGACCCGGGUGGGCAGGGCUGUGCCUUCCUGGUCGUUGGGGUGAACUGUUUCGACGUGUUUCGACCCUGAAGUUCUCCACGCCAGGCAUUAGAAAACCCAUGGCAGUUGGUGCGUUUCCUUCCUUUCCCUUUGCAAUCCUACGAGGUUUCUAGGGUGCUAGCAGCCAAUCUACCUUAAACUUUAAAGCCAUAAAUAAUGUGGAGAGUGUUCUUUGGAC